CAAUAGCCCAUGCUUGGUAUGUCUAUAAAUACUUAGAGCUAAGACAGCCUCUUCGCCAUUCAGGAACAAAGCACUUAAGCACUUCGAGCUUUUCCAACUCCAGUUUGUCAUCAAGAUGAAAAGUUUCUUUGCGCUCCUAGCCUUCUCUUCACUUCUUCUGUUGUCAAGCACCAUCACAGCAAGGAAAGAGCCUGGUGAAUAUGUGAAGACUGUUGUGGAGCAAGUAGCCGAAGAUCUUUUUGUUGAUCCAUCAUCUAUUAUUCCUUUUUACCACAAAAACAAAAAUGGACAAUCUGUCGAUCCAUUGUCCUUUCUUCCCAUAUACCAUGGUAACCAAAAUGGACAAUCUAUUGAUCCAUCAUCCCUUCUUCUCAUAUAUCAUGGCAACCAAAUUGGACAAUCUGUCGAUCCAUCAUCUUUUCUUCCCAUAUAUCACAGCAACCAAAAUGGACAAUCUGUCGAUCCAUCAUCCUUUCUUCCCAUAUACCAUGGUAACCGAAAUGGACAAUCUGUCGAUCCAUCGUCCUUUCUUCCCAUAUAUCAUGGGAACCGAAAUGGACAAUCUGUCGAUCCAUCGUCUUUUCUUCCCAUAUAUCAUGGGAACCGAAAUGGACAAUCUGUCGAUCCAUCGUCCUUUCUUCCCAUAUACCAUGGGAACCAAAAUGGACAAUCUGUCGAUCCAUCGUCCUUUCUUCCCAUAUACCAUGGGAACCGAAAUGGACAAUCUGUCGAUCCAUCGUCCUUUCUUCCCAUAUACCAUGGGAACCGAAAUGGACAAUCCGUCGAUCCAUCGUCCUUUCUUCCCAUAUACCAUGGCAACCUAAAUGGACAAUCUGUCGAUCCGUCGUCAUUUCUUCCCUUAUAUCAUGGCAACCGAAAUGGACAAUCUGUCGAUCCAUCAUCCUUUCUUCCCAUAUACCACGGCAACCUAAAUGGACAAUCUAUCGAUCCAUCAUCCCGAAAUGGACAAUCUGUUGAUCCAUCAUCCCUUCUUCUCAUAUACCGCGAUAACCAAAAUGGUGAACAAAACCCUAAGGCCAACGAAGAAGGUGUUGCAAAAAGUAUUUCCACUGACCAAUAAAUUGUAGAAGCAGAUGAUAAGGAAAAUUAGACUUCGAAGGAAAAUCGUAUGAAGAAGAUCACUAUUAUUAUAAUAAAAAAUAAACGAUUGUAGUUUGAAGUUUGUGAUUGCCUUUAUAUGGCAAAUUGUGUUAAGUCUAUGGCCUUAAAUGAUGUAUCUUCUAUGUUACUGUUCUUAUCGUGGUCUAUGUAUGCUAUUUUGUACUCAAAUAAAUUAUUAUGGCUUCUUUUA